AUGCAAAAAAGAAAUAUCUUUUCUCGGAUAAAGGAGCAGAUGGCUCGAUCCAUUUCUGUAUCGAUCAUGCUAUAUGUAAUAACUUGGUCAUCUACUUCAUAUGCAUAUCCCAUUUUUGCGCAGCAGGGUUAUGAAAAUCCACGAGAGGCGACUGGGCGUAUUGUCUGCGCCAAUUGUCAUUUAGCUAAUAAGCCUGUGGAUAUUGAGGUUCCACAAGCGAUACUUCCUGAUACUGUAUUUGAAGCAGUUGUAAGAAUCCCUUAUGAUAUGCAACUGAAACAGGUUCUUGCUAAUGGUAAAAAGGGGGCUUUGAAUGUAGGGGCUGUUCUUAUUUUGCCUGAGGGAUUCGAAUUAGCCCCCUCAGAUCGUAUUUCUCCCGAAAUGAAAGAAAAGAUGGGCAAUCUUUCUUUUCAGAGUUAUCGUCCCACAAAAAAAAAUAUUCUUGUGAUAGGUCCUGUUCCAGGUCAGAAAUAUAGUGAAAUCACCUUUCCUAUUCUUUCCCCAGACCCCGCUAUUAAAAAAGACGUUCACUUCUUAAAAUAUCCUAUAUAUGUAGGCGGGAACAGAGGUAGGGGUCAGAUUUAUCCCGAUGGGAGUAAGAGUAACAAUACAGUCUAUAAUGCUACAUCAGCAGGUAUAGUAAGUAAAAUUGUACGUAAAGAAAAAGGGGGAUAUGAAAUAAGCAUAGCAGAUACGUCAGACGGUCACCAAGUGGUCGAUAUUAUACCCCCAGGACCGGAACUUCUUGUGUCCGAAGGCGAAUCUAUCAAGCUUGAUCAGCCACUAACAAGUAAUCCCAACGUGGGUGGAUUUGGUCAGGGAGACGCAGAAAUAGUACUUCAAGAUCCAUCACGUGUCCAAGGCCUUUUGUUCUUCUUGGCAUCUGUUAUUCUGGCACAAAUAUUUUUGGUUUUGAAAAAGAAACAAUUCGAGAAGGUUCAGUUGUCUGAAAUGAAUUUUUAG